AUGAGCUACACCAUGGAGCCCCUAGGCAACCCCUCGUACCGCCGGGUGACCGAGACCCGGGCCGCCUACAGCCGCGCCAGCGCCUCCCCGUCCAGCGGCUUCCGCUCGCAGUCGUGGUCGCGGGGCUCGGGCAGCACCGUCUCCUCCUCCUACAAGCGCCCCAACCUGGGGGUGCCGCGGGCCGCCUACGGCCCCACGGUGCUGAGCUCCGCCGAGAGCCUGGACGUCAGCCAGACCUCGCUGCUGAACGGGGCGGCGGAGCUGAAGCUGAGCCGCUCCAACGAGAAGGAGCAGCUGCAGGGGCUGAACGACCGCUUCGCCGGCUACAUCGAGAAGGUGCACUACCUGGAGCAGCAGAACAAGGAGAUCGAGGCGGAGCUGGCGGCGCUGCGGCAGAAGCACGCCGGGCGGGCGCAGCUGAGCGACGCCUACGAGCAGGAGCUGCGGGAGCUGCGCGGGGCCCUGGAGCAGGUGAGCCACGAGAAGGCGCAGAUCCAGCUGGACUCGGAGCACAUCGAGGAGGACAUCCAGCGCCUGCGGGAGCGCUUCGAGGAUGAGGCGCGGCUGCGCGACGAGACGGAGGCCACCAUCCGCGCCCUGCGCAAGGAGAUGGAGGAGGCCUCGCUGAUGCGGGCGGAGCUGGACAAGAAGGUGCAGUCGCUGCAGGACGAGGUGGCCUUCCUGCGGGGCAACCACGAGGAGGAGGUGGCCGAGCUGCUGGCGCAGCUCCAGGCGUCCCACGCCACCGUGGAGAGGAAGGACUACCUGAAGACCGACCUCACCACGGCGCUGAAGGAGAUCCGCGCGCAGCUGGAGUGCCAGUCCGACCACAACAUGCACCAGGCCGAGGAGUGGUUCAAGUGCCGCUACGCCAAGCUGACGGAGGCGGCCGAGCAGAACAAGGAGGCCAUCCGCUCCGCCAAGGAGGAGAUCGCCGAGUACCGCCGGCAGCUGCAGUCCAAGAGCAUCGAGCUGGAGUCGGUGCGCGGCACCAAGGAGUCGCUGGAGCGGCAGCUCAGCGACAUCGAGGAGCGCCACAACAACGAUCUCACCACCUACCAGGACACGAUUCAUCAGCUGGAGAACGAGCUUAGAGGAACGAAGUGGGAAAUGGCACGUCACUUGAGGGAAUACCAGGACCUCCUCAACGUCAAGAUGGCCCUGGACAUCGAAAUUGCUGCAUACAGGAAGCUGCUGGAGGGCGAAGAGACAAGAUUCAGUGCCUUCUCUGGAAGCAUUACUGGACCCAUAUUCACACACAGACAACCAUCUGUCACAAUAGCAUCCACUAAAAUCCAGAAAACAAAAAUUGAACCACCAAAGCUGAAGGUCCAGCACAAGUUUGUAGAAGAAAUCAUUGAAGAGACAAAGGUAGAGGAUGAAAAGUCUGAAAUGGAAGAUGCCCUAGCAGCUAUCGCAGAAGAAAUGGCAGCCAAGGCCCAGCAAGAAGAACAGGAGGAAGAAAAAGCAGAAGAAGCAGCUGUAGAGGAAGAAAUUGUUUCUGAGAAGGCUGCUGCAGAACAAGCAGCUGCACCCGAGGAAGAAGAGAAGGAGGAAGAAGCAGAGGAGGAAGAAGCUGCAAAAUCUGACGCAGCGGAAGAAGGAGGUUCUGAAAAAGAAGAAAUAGAAGAGAAGGAAGAAGGGGAGGAGGCUGAGGAAGAGGGGGAAGAAGCUGAGGCCAAGGGCAAAGCUGAAGAGGUAGCAGCAAAGGUAGAGAAGGUGAAAACACCUCCCUCAAAGUCACCCCCCAAAUCCCCCCCUAAAUCCCCUGUAACGGAGCCGGCCAAGGCUGUCCAGAAAGAAACAGCUGCAGAAGCAGGAAAAGAACAGAAGGUGGAGAAAGGUGGUGAGAAACCAGCCAAGGAGGAAGAGAAAGCAGCCUCGCCAGAGAAGCCACCGACACCAAAGGUGACCUCUCCAGACAAGGCAGCAAGCCCGGAGAAGCCUGCAACCCCAGAGAAAGCAGUGACCCCGGAGAAGCCGGCGACCCCAGAGAAGCCGGUGACCCCGGAGAAGCCCCGCUCUCCGGAAAAGCCAGCGACCCCGGAAAAGCCCCGCUCUCCAGAAAAGCCAGCCACUCCGGAGAAGCCCCGGUCUCCGGAGAAGCCGGCCUCCCCCGUCAAAGACGAGAAGGCUGUGGUGGAGGAGACCAUCACUGUCACAAAGGUAACAAAAAUUAGUGCAGAGGUAGAGAAGGAGUCCAGGAAAGAAGACAUUGCAGUGAAUGGUGAGGUGGAGGAGAAAAAGGAAGAGAAGGAGUCCAAGGAGAAGGAGGCUGAGGAGGAAGACAAGGGAGUUGUCACCAAUGGCCUAGAUGUGAGCCCAAUUGAUGAUAAGGGUGAGAAAAUUGUAGUAACCAAAAAAGCAGAGAAAAUCACUGGUGAAGGUGGGGACAGUACAACCACGUAUAUCACAAAGUCGGUGACAGUCACUCAGAAGGUAGAGGAACAUGAAGAAAGCUUUGAGGAGAAAUUAGUGUCCACCAAGAAAGUGGAGAAAGUUACUUCACAUGCCGUAGUAAAAGAGAUUAAAGAGACCGAAUAA